GAAAAAGCAUCGGGACAGAGACCGCGGCCGGAGGGACAGCGCUGGAUGUAUGGGCUGCCCCCACGCUUACGAGCACCUCUAAAACAACACAGAACUUCUUCGGUUUCUGCCUGCACAGAGCGACGUGUCUGGAUGCCGCGGUGCGUUUCCCGGGGCUGGAAAACGUGUAAAUCUCAGCAGCGGCAGCGGCGGCUGUGACCGCGGACUGUUAGCACAGCCCGACUAAAGUUAGCCCGCUCCGGCUAACUUAGCCUGCCUCACUCCGGACCGAAAAAAAAGACCCGAAAAGUUUGAAAACAACAAAUAAGAGGAGUCCGAAGUGACGGCGCGGCGAGAACUUACUGGAAAUGUUGUCUCACUGGAUUAACUUGAGCUACGGAUGAGAAAGAAAUCGGCGGAGAGCGAGAAGAACAGAAGAGACCGCUGCCAUGUCGGGGCUGAUCCGCGGCUCCGGCUGCCCGUCGGAGUCUCGCGGCUCCCCGCACUCGCUGCCCCGGCGGUUCGGGGGCUUCUUCCUCCUGCUGCUGCUGGACGGGGCUUGCUGCCUCACCAGCCUGGGGAGCCCUUUAGGCGUCAAUCACAACAACAGCCCGAAUGUCAACAUCUACAUGAGUGUGGAGGAGGUGAAGAAGCUUUUAGGUCUAAAUGCAGAGCUGUACUACGUACGUGACGAUGUGGUGAACCAUUACGCGCUCUCCUUCAACAUGCCCGUGCCCACCGACACCAACAGCCUCUACUUCACCUGGUUUUCCAAAACAAAGGUGGACUAUAGACUUGCGUUUCACAUGGACAACCCUGCUGCUCUCAGCCAGCCACGGAGCAACAUCUCCACUCAGGGGGAGAUGCCUCGUACUCCCUCCGUCUUCAGAGUGGACAUGGUCUGCUCGGGCAAAGUCGAGGACGAAGCAUUUUUAACAAUGCAGCUCAACGUGACCAUCCAUGCCAGUAACUACACAGUGCUCAACUUCAAGAGGAGGAAAAUGUGCAACAAGAGAAUAGAUUAUGACCCAAAGAUUCCCACUCCUUACAACAACAACUCUCUUCGAUUGCCCGACUUAGAUGGGGUGGCGACCCCCACCACCUCCACACAGGUGUUCUACAUCAGCGUGAGCGUGUGCUGCAUCGUCAUCUUCCUCGUGGCCAUCAUCCUGGCAAUCCUGCACCUGCACAGCAUGAAGAGAGUGGAGAUGGAGGACAGUGUGAGUGAAAGUGGAAGUUCACAGGGUCUGUCUCAGCCGUCCACCCAGACCACGCAGUACCUGAGGGCCGACACUCCCAACAACGCAGCCCCAGUCACCAACAAUCACCCCGGUUCUGCACCCAUACUCCAGCUUGCCGCCACCUCCUUCCAAAACCCCGGUGCUCCCCCUCAUGAAACCAAAAGUUACCCGUCACUCCGCAUCGAGAAGAAUGACCUGCGCAGCGUCACUCUGAUGGAGGCCAAAGCCAAAGUGAAAGACAUCGCCAUCUCCAGGGAGCGAGUCACGCUACGGGAUGUUUUACAUGAAGGCACGUUUGGCCGCAUCUUCCAUGGCGUGCUGCUGGAUGAGAAGGACCCCAGCAAGGAGAAGCAGGUCUUUGUGAAGACAGUGAAGGACCAUGCGUCUGAGGUGCAGGUGACCAUGAUGUUGACUGAAAGCUGCAAACUUCGUGGACUCCAUCACAGGAAUCUGCUGCCCAUCAGUCACGUGUGCACGGAGGACGGAGAGAAGCCCAUGGUGCUGCUGCCCUUCAUGGCGUGGGGCAACCUCAAGCUGUUCCUGCGGCAGUGCAAGCUGGCCGAGGCGAACAACCCGCAGGCGGUCUCUCAGCAAGACUUGGUCUACAUGGCCAUCCAGAUCGCGUGUGGAAUGAGCUACCUGGCUCGCAGGGAGGUCAUCCACAAAGACCUGGCCGCUCGAAACUGUGUCAUCGACGACAGCAUGCAGGUGAAGAUCACAGACAACGCCCUGGCCCGGGACCUGUUUCCCAUGGAUUACCACUGUCUGGGGGACAACGAGAACCGGCCCGUCCGCUGGAUGGCUCUGGAGAGUCUGCUCAACAACGACUUCUCCAGCGCCAGUGACGUGUGGGCGUUUGGCGUGACGCUGUGGGAGCUGAUGACCCUGGGUCAGACGCCGUACGUCGACAUCGACCCCUUUGAGAUGUCUGCCUACCUGAAGGACGGCUACAGAAUAGCGCAGCCGAUCAACUGUCCGGACGAGCUGUUUGCAGUGAUGGCUUGUUGCUGGGCUCUGGACCCGGAGGAGCGGCCCAAGUUCCAGCAGCUGGUUCAGUGUCUCACAGAGUUUCACGCAGCGUUGGGCGCUUACGUCUGAAAACGACGGCGGCGGCGGCGCGGAGGGCUUUCGGACUCUGCUCGCGAGGAAUCCACGCCGCGAAAUGGUGCCUUAUCAGACGCGAGAUCAGACUUAAACCUGCCGAUUUUAUUUUGUACAGUUCUUUUGGAGUUUUUAUAUAGUUUUAAUACCUUUUUACAGCAUAGCAGUGUAAAAGGACUGUGGGGACAUGGCUGGUUGUGCUUGGAAAGCAUGUAGAGACUUCGUUGGCGCUGCCCUGCCCUCAUCAAGAGGAUCUGAACAGUUUGAGCAACACAUCCUCGUUUAUGGACGUUUUCGUGCCCUGGAACCAUUUGAGCCUCUGAGACGUCAGUAUUUUCUACAGUUUCCCUUCAGUGUAGUGAGACCGUGUAAAUUGUAGGUUUGUUUUGGGUGAGAGUAACUCCUCAGCACAAUGUUUUAGGUACCAAAGUAGACGUCACGGCCCUCUUUUGUCCAGUCGGUGUAACUGCAGUCAGUCAGCUCGGUACGAGAGGACGCUCCUGAAACGCGGCGGCGUUCCUCCAGACGGUACGCUGUUCCCCCGGGCGGCACGGAGGAGCUUCAGAGACCGUCCCACAUGUCGGCGGCGCCAGUGGCUCCUCUGAACAGCGUCCGGCGCCGUCCGCUGCUCCGGCGCCACCUUGAAAUGCGCCAAAGUUCACCUCAGUUGCACUGGAUGUUCGCAGCGGGACCAGCCGUUCACUCACCACAGCCUGGAGUUCUUAAAAAGAGAAAACUGUCAACUUUUGUUGUUUUCUGGCUGUUUGUUUACUUCAAAGCAACUUGUUUUUUUUUUUUUUUUUAAGUCUUUAAAAAUAGAAGUGUGGAAAACGCACCGAUCUGACUUCAGGAGGUCGGCGUGCUUUCGCUCCAUCUCCUCCCUCGUUUUGGGGUCAGAUGAACGAUGUCUGAAUUCAUGGAUUCUCAGCCGUUGGCGACUCUUCGCCUGCAGAGCAGAAGCUGAACGUCAGCUCUGCAAAGCUACCUACUUCACCAUGAUUUCAAAACCACGUCUGGGUUUCUGACACUGUCGAUUGAAUGCUAGCGCCUUCUUUCUUUCCCCCCUUUUCUUCUCUUUUCUUUUUUUUGUUUCGUACACUUCGUUUCCACUGCCACAGUCUGUCCCAGUACAGUGGUGUAUUACGGUCACAUUACAGGCCCAGUGAAAUAAAAGACACAAAUCUUU